GUCCUUUUGCCGUGGAAGCUGAAGAAAUGAUGGAAUGUACCCAGGAAUUCCCUGAACACUAUAAAAUUAUUUUGGAUAGACUGAAUGAGCAACGUGAGCAGGACCAGUUUACGGAUAUCACUCUGAUUGUCGAUGGUCACCAUUUCAAAGCUCAUAAGGCUGUUCUUGCUGCCUGUAGCCAAUUCUUCUACAAAUUCUUCCAAGAUUUUACUCAGGAGCCCUUGGUGGAGAUUGAAGGUGUAAGUAACAUGGCAUUUCGUCACCUAAUUGAGUUCACUUAUACGGCAAAACUAAUGGUCCAAGGUGAGGAAGAAGCAAAUGAUGUUUGGAAAGCAGCUGAGUAUCUACAGAUGUUAGAAGCAAUCAAAGCACUUGAAAUCAGGAACAAAGGAAAUUCAUCACCCUUAGAAUCAAAUCAAAUGCAAGGUAAAAAUAAACCAAAAAAGAGGAAGAUAGCUGAAACCUCUAACGUUAUCACAGAAACACUGCCAUCUGCAGAAUCGGAGCCUGUUGAAAUUGAGGUUGAGAUUGCUGAGGGGACAAUUGAAGUAGAAGAUGACAGCAUUAAAACACUUGAAGUAGCUUCUGCAGAGCAACCUAUAAAGUACAUACAGACAACGGGUACAUCAGAUGAAUCUGCUCUGGCUCUUUUGGCAGACAUCACCAGUAAGUAUCGUCAGGGAGAGACAAAAUGCCAGAUCCAAGAAGAAGGUGAUAAUGCAACUGAUCACUCAUACAAACAGGUAGAAGGUAUUGAAAUUGUGGAACUUCAGCUGUCACACGUGAAGAAUUUAUUCCAUUGUGAGAAAUGUAACCGUUCUUUUAAACUGUUUUACCAUUUUAAGGAACACAUGAAAACACACUCUACUGAGAGUUACAAGUGUGACAUAUGCAAUAAAAGGUACCUACGAGAGAGUGCUUUGAAACAGCACCUCACGUGUUACCACCUUGAUGAAGGUGGUGCCAGCAAGAAGCAAAGACCUGGCAAAAAAAUACAUAUAUGCCAGUACUGUGAUAAGCAGUUUGACCACUUUGGACAUUUUAAAGAGCACCUCCGGAAGCACACAGGUGAAAAACCAUUUGAAUGUCCAAACUGCCAUGAGCGUUUUGCUAGGAACAGCACACUCAAAUGUCACCUGACAGCCUGUCAGUCUGGAGCUGGAGCUAAAAAGGGAAGAAAGAAGCUGUAUGAAUGUCAGGUUUGUAACAGUGUGUUUAACAGCUGGGAUCAAUUUAAAGAUCACUUGGUAAUACACACCGGUGACAAACCCAACCACUGUACUGUAUGUGAUCUGUGGUUUAUGCAAGGCAGUGAGCUGAGAAGGCAUCUCAAAGACAUGCACAAUAUUUCAGAACAAAUAGUGACAGAAGAGGUUCUCCCAGUGGAAGCUGAACCAGUAACGUCAAUGACUAUAAUAGAACAAGUGGAGCAAGUCCAUGUCCUACCAGUAAUUCAGGUACAAGUGGAUCCUGCACAGGUAACUGUGGAACAGAUGCACCAGGAUCUCAUACAGGACAGUCAAGUGAGAGGCACACAGAUGGAGGAACUGCAAGAACAGGUGCAAAUUAGUUAUUUGGAAGUUGAACACAUUCAGACUGAACAAGGUGCUGAAGUUCAUGUGGAGCAGUUACAUGUUGAGCAUGUAAAUCAAAUACAGAUGGAAGUACAGGCAGAACUUAUAGAUGGAACAGACCUGGAACACGUAGAAUAUGAAAUUGUUGAUCAAGGAGAAGCAGAAGAAAAGGAAACUAGUCAAGUAGAUGAUGUAGAUAAGGAAGAUCAUGAACAAGCUGAAGACUUAAAUCAACAAUUAGUGGACACACAGAAUGAAAAGGUGGUUAACUAGGACAAAUAACCACACUGUGCACGUUUAGGAAUGAAAGACCCAGUUAUUUUUGUUAGCUUUUACAUUAGUUUUUGAACCAUCAGUGGUCACAUUUCCAAUAUGCUGUCCUUAGGAAGCUGGACAAGUGGACCAAAGUUAGCUUUCUUCAUGUACAACUAAACUUCUCUCAUGUGAAAAAUAACUGUCCUAUUCACGUAAUGCCAUAGAACAGAAACUGCCACAGAGAUGGACAGCUUUGUGAGGAUUUUAAUAAUGAAUAACUUUAUAAUGAGUAAUUUCACCUCUUUUCCUCUUGCCAUAGAAGCAAACUCUUGUUAUAGAUUUGCGGGGUGUCUUUGUCGGAAGAACCAGUAAAAUUUGGUGGGUUCUAGUGUAAGUGGCCAAUCAGGUACCUGUGAAUUUUCUGGGCAGACUGUUUGCUGUUUCUUAACAGCAGUCCCUAACUUUCAGGCUAGGGAAAAAAACAUUGUUGCUAGAGGUCUCGGAGCACAAAAAUCCUGUCCCUUUUCAACACUGACUGGUUAAAUUUCCACAAAGCUCCUAGAGUGUUCAAGAACCUAGCUCAGUAAAAGGCAAUGGAGGUAAUGUUAUAGCGCUUUAUAUUUUUGCUUAAAACUGUCAGCUGCUGGUUUUUUUUCUUCAUUAAAUUUAGAGGGGAGGGGUAAGGAAGGAAACAAAUUCCAUGUGGAGGCAGCAGGACACUCUAAAAGGGACGCUUUAAAUUAGGAGAAGCUCAGUAGAAUCCGCAGUAAAUGUGAGCUGGAAGAAAGCUACUAGCAGACUCUUCUUUUAUAAAUCAUCAUUUUUGAAAAUUAAUGUUUAAACAUAAAUAUAGAGAAGAUUUGUCUAUAUGGUAUCAGGUUCCUGGUUUUUUUGCAAUGAAAUUCUGACACUUGACACAAAGAUGUUGUACUAAAAGCCAUAUGUAUGAGUGCUAAAAUGUGGAUUGAAAAGUAAGAGUGUAAAUAUUUUAAUCAAUAUUAGACAAUAAAACAAUACCAGCCAUGAAAUAUUACAUUAUUUGUUUCAUCCAAUAAAUUAGGAACAACUGAGUGACUGGUAAUUACAGUGCCAGAUCCCAGUGGUGAGAACCAAUCUCAUUUUAAUAAGAUUAAUAGCUCAUUACUGUAAAGUUGUUUGUUUAGAAAAUACUUGUCUAACUCUAUGUUUAAGGGUGAUAUGGACACUUAAUUCUCAAUUGUUGCCUUGAGAUUAGAGGUGCCUCCAUACUUCUGAAAAACUUUCUUUUCAAAGCAAAAAGGAAUUUUUGCAAGGACGUCCCCUAAUGUUCUUGGUAAUCCUGUAGAUCUCAGUUAAAAAUCAGGCUUUUCUAUUCAGUCUUCUCUAAAUGCAGAAUUAUUUCCUGGGAUUUGUGCUUUUAUUUAGUCUCAUUCAAAAUUAUUCUUGUGUUUCAUUGUAGCGUAGCCUUUGAGAAACUGUUGCAAAACAAACAUGGAUCUCAAUUAAAAUUUCAAGCACUUUGA